GAGUGUGUUUGUGGCUGGUCUUAAACCCUUCUUCCCUUCUUCCUUCUUCUCUCUCUUUCUCUCUCUCUAGAUUUGUAUCCAUGGGUGUCAUACUGCUGAUAACAGGCCUGGUUCUUCUUAUCUUUAUUCUGAGAGCAGCAUGGGUCACUUUCUCCUGGUACUACUGGAUUCCUAGGCGAAUCAGGAGGGUUAUGGCAAAGCAAGGAGUUCAUGGCCCCAAGCCAAAAUUCCUGGUUGGGAACCUCAAAGACAGCGCUGCCCUCGUCGCCAGCUCGACUUCUUCUGACAUGGAAUCGAUCAGCCAUGACAUCGUUGGCCGUCUGAUGCCUCAUUAUGUCCUCUGGUCCAAACUCUACGGGAGGACAUUCAUAUACUGGUACGGCAGUGAGCCGCGGUUGUGCCUGACGGAUCCUGACAUCAUCAGGGAGCUCCUCUCCUCCAAAUAUGUGCAGGUCUCUGGCAAGUCCUGGACCCAGCGGCAAGGGUCGAAGCACUUCAUUGGGCAGGGUCUGUUGAUGGCUAAUGGCAGCAACUGGAACCACCAACGUCACGUCGUCGCCCCGGCCUUCAUGGCAGACAAGCUAAAGACUCGUGUUGGGUACAUGGUGGACUGCACUAAUAGACUCGUCACAUCUCUGCGCGAUGCUGUCGGGUCCGGCAACGAUGAGGUGGAGAUCGGAGCCUACCUGACUCGGCUAACCGGAGAUAUCAUCGCCGGCACCGAGUUCGGCAGCAGCUACGAGAACGGAAGGCAGAUAUUCCACCUCCUUGAGCAACUGCAAAACCUCACGGCUCGAACCAGCCGCUACAUUUGGAUUCCAGGUAACAGGUUCUUUCCUAGUAAGUUCUCCAGGGAGAUCAAGGAGUUGAACAGGAAAGUGGGGAAACUGCUGAUGGACUCCAUUCAGAGCCGCAGAGAUGUCGCCGAGAUCGGAAGGAGCUCGUCGUAUGGCAAUGGCCUGCUCGCGACGCUGUUAGCUGAGACCCAGAAGAGGACUAAUGGGUUUAGCUACAGCCUCCAAUUAGUGAUCGACGAAUGCAAGACCUUUUUCUUCGCAGGACAUGAGACUUCGGCUCUACUCCUUACCUGGGCCAUGAUGCUCCUCGCGACGAAUCCGGCAUGGCAGGAGAAGGCCCGUGCUGAGGUAGCUCAAGUUUGCGGCGACGACCCUCCAUCGUGGGAACAUCUUCCCAAGCUCACCGUGCUUAACAUGAUAAUUAACGAGACGCUGAGGCUGUAUCCGCCGGCGAGCCUUCUGCCACGGAUGGCAUUCGAGGACAUCAAGCUGGGCGACCUUCACAUUCCAAAGGGCCUGUCGCUUUGGAUCCCGGUGCUGGCGAUCCACCAUGACGAGGAAAUAUGGGGCAGGGAUGCGCAUGAGUUUAAGCCGGAGAGGUUCGCCGGAAAAUCCUUUUCUAUAAACCGAUACUUCCUGCCCUUCGCUUCGGGGCCCCGAAACUGUGUGGGUCAGACCUACGCCAUGAUGGAGGCCAAGAUAGUCUUGGCCAUGCUCCUCUCCAGCUUCAGCUUCACCAUCUCUAAGAACUACCGGCACGCGCCGAUCAACGUCCUCACAUUGAGGCCCAAGCAUGGCGUUCCCAUUCACCUGACACCCCUCAAGCCAUAGCAAAUCUUGCGAAGAGAAUGUAAAGCAAUAUGAGUUCCAUGCAAUACAGACUCGCCUAAUAAGAUUAGGUUAGAUCGUCAGUUGUGCAUUUUGAAGCACAUCUGAUAAGAACGAUCAAGUUUUCUUCAUCCA